AGUAAUAUCACCCUAACAGAUGAAAAAUUUUGAGACGCGGCCAAAACAUAAAUUUGGUUUCUGUUGUUUGUGUUUUGAAAAUUCCCUUUUUAAACUUGUCAAAAUGGUUUACCUCCAUUUCCCGAACAACCUGACCGAAGAAGAACAGAUGCUUCAGGCAAAAUAUGCCAAACUCAAGAAAAAGAAAAAAGCUCUUCAAGCCUGGAAAGCCCCCAAGCCAGAACCCGAGCGAACUGCUCCUGCACAGAAACGGCCCACAGAAGGACGAGACGCUCGCGAAGUGGCGCGGAAGCUUCUCAAAUCUGGUGCCAUCACUGCCAUCCCCAAAAUUCAAAAGCGGCCUGAACAGGCUGGCUUUAAGAGGCCUCGUGGACUGGAGAGGAAGUUGUCUGCCGCUGAACGAACUGUUAGCGCUUACCAACCAUUUCAAGCAGCCCACACUGAUGAGGUGCCAGGACCAACUGCAGAACCUGCUGAGAAGCCACGAGUCAAGAAUCUUUAUGACAGCUUUGUAACUGCUCGAGAUAGAGAAGAAAGGGGACUUACUGAAAAGAAGGAGAAAACUGAUAAACCCAGAGUAGGAAAUACUAUUUUUGUGCAAGGAUUUCAGAUUACUGAAGACCUUCUUCGGAAGGCAUUCAUGAAUUGUGGGCUUAUUAUCAAUAUUUCAAUGGAGGUUGAGAAAGAUCGGGGAUUCGUGACCUUCAAAACGGAAGAAGCUGCUGAGCGUGCCAUUGCUGAGAUAAACGGUAGUAUGGUAUCUGGAGUUCAGCUAAAGGUGACACUUGCAAGAAGACAGCCUCAAAUUAGUCCAAUCAAUGAUGCUGCAUCAUCAUCUACUUGGGCCACUAUAGCUGCAAGUCAUUCUCAGAAAGGAAGUCAUAAGGACAAGAGACAACCUGUGGUUUAUGAAGAUGACAGUUUAUUUGCAGAUUAGAGAGUACCUGAAGUGUAUUUUAAUUUUAAUUGUACAUACUGUAUCUAAUUCUAUUAAGUCAAAUUGAAAAGAAGGUUAAUCCAACCUUCAUGUUAUUUUUUUCCCAAUGUAAAAUGUUUGCAAAAUAAGAUUUCUAUUUAUAAACUUU